AUGUUCUUUAUCAUUGGGUUUUUAAUCAUUUUGUGCGGUACUACUGAAAGUGCGAAUUAUCAGCGGUAUGGUGACAACACUCAAUACUCCACUUAUUCAACUUAUAGUACCGCAGUUAACCCAUAUAGCCAAUACCCUUUUAAAAAUGGAGCUGGAAGUUAUGGAAGCGAUGUUGCCAACUUUCCUGGAACUCGAUACCCAAACUUUAGUCCUGGAUACAGCACGAACAAAUACGAUUCUUAUACGACUCAGAGAUCAAAUGUGUUCUAUCCACCUGGAGGGUACAGUACGCAGAGAUACGGCGAUACUUUCAGUCAAGGAUAUGGACAAAACUAUGGAUCGGGAUUUGGCACAGGUUACACAAACGGCUAUAGUUCUUAUGAGAUGCCAUUCAUGAAAGAUAUUCGAGGUUACUGUGUAAACAGGUCUUCUCAAUCAGGUAUAUGGGUAGAUAAUUUAAUGGGGAUGUGGUAUGGUGUGGAAUUCGUUGAGCAUUUGGCUGGGGAUUCAAGAAUUGAUUACACAAAAACUUGUAUUGUUGUACACAUAGCAGAGCCGGUUGAUCAACCUUCGACAGAGAACCAACUAUUCCACGUCCAGCACAUCAACGCAAAAUUUCGACAGGAAUACAGACACUUGCGUGUGCUGUGGGAUGAAGGAGGCAAUACCAUCGAGUACUCGCUUUACUUUAAGAACGACUCCGCCGGAUACUGGCAGGUUUUCGAUGGACAAAACGGAACGUUGACGACAUUGUCUAAAUACAAACAAUUUAGUGGCACCAUACAAGUUCUGAAAGCAGCUAACGACCAUCUAGUACUCAAUUUCUGCCAAGAAGGGGUUAGUGGCAAAUCAGCUCAGCUGUAUUCUGUUCUGUUCUCCCGGGAACCUGGUGUUAUGGAAAGAUGGGAGUUGGACUCCGUACAUUCCAUGUUACAAAAUAAAAAGUUAUCAAUAGCUUCGAGAAGAAUGGUAUGCGGGAAUAGUGCAGAAAAGCCUGUUGUAAGCAUCGUCUCCUCGGUCAUCAUGUUUUUACUAGCUUAUACGAUAGGCCUGUCGUAA